AUGGCAUGCAAUCCACCGAUUAAGACAACUCGCCUUCUCAAAUGUCUCCAAUGUGAACAUAGCAGCAGGAUAGAAGGUCAGAAGGUCCACACUCAACUACACACUUUCGUCGAGGUCACUCUCAUCGCUGGCCGAUUAAACGGAAGUCAUCAGUUCGUCCAGUUUGGAGCUCUUUGGGUUUGUUGUAUCGGUUGGCGUCUGAAGCAUCGUGACAAACUCCUCAAAAAACAGAAAGGGAAACAAUUACAUUAUCUCCUUCCCAUCCACCAUUUCAAGAUCCACCAAUCCAUCUCGGAUCCAAUGAUUUACUUCAGGAAGAACACAAUAGACAAAAUCCUCACCUUAUGUCAGUUUGUGCAAAGUAUCUGCAUUGCAAAUCGAAGUUUUCGCACAAUCUGUCACAAGCCUGAAUUUGGUAAUGUUGUUCACAAAGCAAAUUAUCAGAUUAAUUUGGAACACGCACUGCUUCUUCGUCACUCAAAUCCGCGAAAGCUUACUCGACUACUUUGUGGGACACAUCAUCUCUCCAGUUUAGGAACCCACGUCUUGCGAUUUCCACCAGUAAACUUGCAAAAUGUGGGGCAAAGUGGUGGGACGAACAGGCUUUCUCAUAUUGGAAAGAUGUUUAGUAUUUCAUGCUUUAAAAUGAAUAAGACGAGUGCCAUUAACCAAUCAGCAUCACCAUUUGUUAAGGAAGUGUGGCAUAUCUUACCAACUGUGGCACACAGUAAGUACUUUAAUUGUUUAAACUCUCGUCUGAUUGUUUUUCGGAGCACAGUAGAAUUCUGUGCUUUACUUUGGAAGAAAAAGUGGAGGCUUCUUGAGUUGCUCCUUGAAAAGGGUUCCUGGUUUGUGUAUUGCAAACGAUCCCUGCAUCAAACCGUUUUGAAGGUUUAUACAAAAGCGGCCGAGGAAGAAGUAAUGAAAUAUUCCACUGCGUUGUUAUAUCAUUUGCGUGUUGAAAAAUUGAAUGACUAG